CAAACUCAACGUAAACGCGAUCGUGUGCGCGCCCGUUCGCGUCUGGCGCGUGUCGAGCUUUUGACGCUGCUGAUGCUCGUGCGUCUCCUCCACCACUGCGUCGCGAGCGAGCGGUUUGCGAACCAGCUCUGGACGACGUUUGCACAGGCGCUUCUGGAGCGGAUGCCAUGGUCCGCCAAGCAACUGCGGACGUAA